AGAGGUGUACGUUUAAGCUGGUUUGCCGCGGUGCAGUCACAUGACGAGUAUAUCGAGGGCCGUAAACAGGUGGAGAAAGUGUGUGGGUUAGCGUUCAGGCAUCAGCCAACUGCUAUUCGAUCCGUCUUGGGCGUUUUCACUGCCGAGCUAGAGACCUCGUUGCCGCACAGUCAAGAUUACGACUGUUUACGUCCAUAAUAACACCAGUGAAAGUUGAGACACCAAGUUAAAAAGGAAAAAUAUCAGAAUGGCUCAGCAGACAGUGACGUCACAGCCCACAGUCGUGACGAGUAUUACGUCACAAGGCGGGACUAUCACAGUCAACGCCCCCAAUGACUGGCAGACUGGCAUCUUCGGCUGCUUCGAGGACAUCACAACAUGUCUAUGUGGACUGUUCUGCUUCCCGUGCCUGUUGUGCCGUACCUCGGCUCAGAUGGGCGAGCACUACAUCAUGCCUUUCUGCUGCCCGCUAGGUGUCGUGGCCAUGAGAACUAAACUGCGCAUGCUCAGGGGUAUUCAGGGCUCCAUCUGCUGGGAUUCUCUUGCCAUGGAGCUGUGUGGCCCAUGCGCAGUCUGCCAAAUGAAGAGAGAAAUGGACAAAGCUGGCUGGUAACCUUGAAAAACGCUUGCGCGCGCAGACUGUUGCUUAGCAACAACAAAGGUCUAUCUCUGUAAAAAGAACAUUAUCGAGGAAGUAUGCUUUAAUGGCUAACAUGAACGAAGUUAUCUUUGUGCAAAGAAAUAAUUCUACACUUGAAAACUCUUCUUUUGAAUAAAAACAACCUUACAAUACAGAAUGUUUCUUAGCACAAAGUUAAGUUAGUUUUUAUAGGGAAAAUUUGCAAUUGAUUCAUCGUUCAUAAAUGUGUCGCUUGACAAUUAGAUUAAGGGACGGGUUUUUUAUUUUAAUACUUUUAUGGGAAAUAUAUAAUUUAGAUUCAUUAACUUACUUUGAUAAAUUAGGUUAACAAUACUUGACAAAUUAUUUUAAAAAUGCAAAACAAUGAAUCAGUUCCGUAGCUUUUUGUAUAUUAAAGACAAGGUUUGGCAGGAAGGAUUAUCGUAGGCGAUUAUGCGACAUGAGAUGAUAUACUGGUAGAAUACCUCUCCGCGUAGAAAUCUCCAUUACGCAAUUCCACUGGUGUAUAUCGGCGAAAUUACUACAUCGAGAACGAGAUUUUUUCGCGGAGAGGUAAAAGGAGCUGCCAAGCUGGAUUGUUUGAACUUGUGAUUUAUGCUUUCAUUGAUCGUGCGCUUCGAUUUGGGUAAAUCUGUGCACCUGCUUUUCAUAAUAAUAUUUUUCAGAAAUUAUUUUCUGAUGGUUUGACUGAAAGCAACCUUUAAAAUGGAUGGCGUUUCAGCAUCAGCGGGACCAACAAAGCCAGACUGCGCAUCUGGUUUGGUCACGCAUGCGCAUAUUGCUCAAGGGUCCUCCAUUCUAAAGUAUGAAAACCAUUGAGUUUGAACAGGAAGAUAUAAAAAAAUAUUGGAUAAAGAGCAUCAAUUUUUUUAAUAAAAGUCGCUAUUUCCAUUUAAAAGAAGUGAAUACGCAUUGGAUCCUUUAUAUAUACUGUACUUGUAGAAAAUUAGUUUUGGUGCAAGCAUUUUGUAUUUAUUUUAUAUUUAAUUUUUGAAGCAUUUUCCUUGGGUGUAGCUUUUGUGUCUUUGAACGUAGUUUAGACCACAUUAUGGACACAUCAUUGUACAGAACUUUUUGUAAUGAUGUAUUAUAUUGACUAUUGCUAUUUUACUUGUAGCCAAGACUUGUAUUGCUAAAAAGGUAGCACGAACAUAAAUCUUUAUAUUGAUUCUGCGGUUACUGUAACUAUUAAUAUUGGUCUUUCUGUAUACUGGGUUUUUAGUUGCGACUCGUGUUGCAGAACGGACCAGAGUAGACAUCUUAGUAUGCAGUUCACACAAUGUUGGAUAUUUCUUCAGUCGUUGAAGGUUAUACGGUAGCAGACAUGAUAUUUUCUGCAUCAAAGAUAUUUGGUGUAUAAUUUCUAACUGUUCUUGCAAGUUUCAGAGCUUUUCGUUUAGUUUUGAUGUUGGUCCAUUUCAAUCUAGAGCACGUGAUCUGUAGUCGUGAACGACCGGAAAUAAUCUCGGCCGUUCGGAUUUGAAAUGCACGUGCCGACCUUAUUUCGAUUUUGAAAGAUGUUGUUAGAAAUAAAUACCGUACUCAUGUUAUGUGUAAACAAUGAUUUAUGCUCAAUUUCGUAUGCCUUUCGAUUCACUUCAGCAGGAGAUCAGUGUGGUCUCCUCAAGAGGGAUUGCAAUUUAUGAAACCAUCCGAUGUGAUAACAAUGAAAAUUUCUAUAUUUUCAUAUAAUUUCUUACUGAAAUAUCAUUUAUUUCGCUAUUAUUUUUUAUACGUAGCAAAGGUACGUGCAGUUUCAUCGAUAGAAAUCGAUAUUUCUUGAAAGUGUCAUAUGAAGAUGGACCUAGCCUUUAUAACAAACAGGUCCGUUUUUGACACAUUCUGGAAAAUCUUCCAUUUCCAUUGAUGAUGCUUUAAAACUAAGAUUGGUCGAAAAGUGAUGGACGACUAAGUAAAUACCACAAAUGAAAACUUCUGUUGCAUGUUUUAUGUUACUGAAUGAAAAUAAAUUUUGACGGCUUUUG